AUGAGUGAACUAUUAUUAUUAUCAUCAUCAUCGUCAACAUCAUCGACAAACGGCACACCUAAUGAAGUCAUGGCUGUGGCUGAACGAUCUUUGUCGCCUGAAAAUCGUCUAUCAAAUGUUCACUCGAGAAAUUCAUCUAAAACACUUAAAUGUCCAAAAUGUAAUUGGCAUUAUAAAUAUCAAGAAACAUUAGAAAUUCAUAUGAAAGAAAAACAUCAAAUGGGAACAAAUUCUGAUGGAAAUUUAAAUAAUUCAUCAGAAAUUGAAACAAAUUGUUCAUAUUGUUUAUCAAAUAGUGUUCAUCCACGUCUUGCUCGUGGUGAACAAUAUCCAUGUGGAUUUAAACCAUAUCGAUGUGAAUUAUGUCUUUAUUCAACAACAACAAAAGGAAAUUUAGCAAUACAUAUGCAAUCAGAUAAACAUAUGAAUAAUUUUAGAGAUUUAUCUUCACCAAAUAUUCAACAACCAUCAACAUCUUCAACAUGUACAUCUUCACCUGAUAAUUCUUUACUUGAUCAAACAUCACUAUCACAAGAAAUGAAAGUGGCAACAGAAUCAUCAUCAUCUAUUGAAACAUUUACAUGUCCACUUUGUUCUCAAACAAAUUUAAAUACAAAGGAAUCAUUGAAAGAACAUUUAUGUUCAAUUCACAAUUGCACUCGAGAUGCAUUGAACCGAUGUCUAGCAUUGAUCGAAGAUUCAGGAUUAUCAUCAAUGGCAGAAACAAAUGAUGAAUAUCGUUGUCAUUUAUGUCCAAAUAAAACAUUUAAAGAUUUUUAUCUUCUAUUAAAUCAUAUUCAAGAUCAAAAUCAUAGUGAUGAAGAAGAUAAAACAGUUGGUUUAUUAUGUUGGAAAAAAGGAUGUAAUCAAUAUUUUAAUUCUUUAUCAAUUCUUGAAAAACAUUUUCAUGAAAUUCAUUCAAUAAAUAAUCUUAUUGAAUCAAAUCGUAUUUUGGAACCUAAAACUUCAUCUUCAUCAUCAUCUAAUGUAACACCAUCAUCAUCAUCAUCAAAUAACUUUUUAUCUAAAUCACGUGAAAGAUUAAUAUCAAUAGGUGAAGAUUUAGUUUUACAUUAUUUAGAAAAUCAUGAAAUAAAUGAUGAUAAUUCAUCGAAUGAAAUACUUUGUGAUUUAUGUUUAAAAAAAUUUUCAAGUUUAUCAACAUUAAAAGUACAUUAUGAAGAUAUUCAUUCAAUUGUUCUUUCAUCACGUGCUAUUCAACAUUGGAUAUUUCUUUUACAAAAACUUCAUUCAUCAUCUUCAUCAUCAUCAUCGUCAUCAGCUAAUAAUAAAUUAAAAAGACAAUCAUCAUCAUCACUACAAAAUGAUUUUAAUCAAAAUAAAAAAUCUCGUUAUGAAAAUCUUUUAUCACCAUCCUAUUUAAUCUAUCCUCCAUCAUCAUCAUCAUCCGCCGCCGCCGCUGCAUCUCUAGUAAAUCAAUAUGAUUUAUCAAAUAAUAAAAGACAAAGAACACGUAUUACAGAUGAACAAUUAAGAAUAUUACGUGCACAUUUUAAUAUUAAUAAUUCUCCAAGUGAUGAACAAAUUUUGUUAAUGUCACAAAAAAGUCAAUUAACAACAAAAGUUAUUAAACAUUGGUUUCGAAAUACACUUUUUAAAGAAAGACAAAGAAAUAAAGAUUCACCAUAUAAUUUCUCCAAUCCUCCAUCAACAUCAAAUCAAAUUGAUUUAGAUGAAUAUCAAAAAACAGGAACAAUUAUUAAAAGAACAACUAAUGAUUCAGAUUAUUCAGAUAAUGAUUUAACUUCGAAUGAUGAACAAGAUCUUCUUUCGGAUAUUGAAGAUUUAAAUCUUGAUUAUAAUAAUAAAUUAAAUAAUCAAUCAUCAUUAACAUCUUCAUCAUCACAACAACAACAACAUCAACAUCAUCAACAACAACAACAACAACAACAACAACAACAUCAAUCAUCAUCAUCAUCAUCAUCACGACGUGCUAAUAGAACUCGAUUUAGUGAUCAACAACUUCGUCUACUUCAAGAUGCUUUUGAAGCAAAUCCUUAUCCAAAAGAUGAUGAUUUAGAAAUUCUUUCACAAAAAUUAAAACUUAAUUCACGUGUUAUUGUUGUUUGGUUUCAAAAUGCAAGACAAAAAGCAAGAAAAUCGUAUGAAAAUAAUCAAAAUGAUACAAAUAAUAAUCAUCAAGAUCCAUCCCAACAACAACAACAACAAUCCCAACAAUCCCAAUCUCAACAACAACAAGAAGAAGAACAGCAACAACAACAACAAGAACAAUUAAUAAAAUCAGAUAAAGAUGAAGGAUAUUCUUGUAAAAAUUGUCAAAAAUUAUUUUCACGUUUUGCUGAAUUAAUGAAACAUGCUAAACAAUGUUCACCAUUAACAACGAAAAAAAGUUCAUUAUCAAAUAAAAAAGAUUUUAUUAAAGCUGAAUCAAUUGAACAAAAUCCAUCAUCAAUAGAUUCAUUAUCAUCUUAUCAAAUGUUAGUUGCUGCUGCUUCAUUAGCUGCUGCUCAACAACAACAAACACCAUCCACACAACAACAACAACAACAACAACAACAACAAUAUACAAUUCCAUCAUCAUUUUCACGUAAAGAUAAUUAUUGUGAUCAAUGUGACAAAACAUUUACUUCAACAACUGAAUUUAAUGAACAUCAAACAUUACAUAUGCAAGCACUUAUUAAUGCAGCAGCCUUUUUUCCACUUGCUGCUUAUCAUCCAGCUGCAGCUGCUGCCGCUGCAGCUAUGGCCGCAUUAUCAUCACAAUUAUUUACUAAUACACCGACGACGAAUUUAAGUGGUGUAUCAACUCCUUCAACUCCAACGACAUCAUCAGUAACAUUACAUGCGUCGUCAAAUGAAUUAGCAAAAGCAAGUGUAUCAUCAUAUGCAUCAGAUUCAUCAAAUGAAAUUGAAGAAGAAGAUGGUGGAGCAAGUAUUGAUUCUAAUGAUGAAAAUCAUAAAUUAUCUAAUGUAAAUAAUCAAAAACGAAAUCGAACAACAAUAUUACCUGAACAACAAGAUUAUUUAAUGUCAAAAUAUUCAAUUGAAUCAAAUCCUUCGAGGAAAAUGUUAGAAGAUAUUUCAUCUGAAGUGAAAUUAAAAAAACGUGUUGUUCAAGUAUGGUUUCAAAAUACACGUGCACGAGAAAGAAAAGGAAAUAUUAAAAUCGAAUCAAAUUCAAAUUCAACAAUAUUAAAUAAUAAUAAUUUAAAUUUUAAUAAAAAAUGUCUUCAUUGUUCAUUAACAUUUAAAUUAAAAUCAACACUUGAAAAUCAUUUAUUAACAAAACAUUCAGAUUUUUAUAAAACAAAAGAUGAUUUAAAUUUAAUUGAUUAUGAUUUAUUUCCAUGUGGAAUAUCAUUAAAUGAUGAUUUACCACUUGAUUUAUCUUCUAAAACAUCAAUUAAAUUAGAAAAAAAAUGUGAGAAUGAAGAUUUUAUUAAUGAAUGGAAUGAUUCAAGUGAUCAAUCUAAUGAUUCAAAUGAAAAUUUUAAAUUUAAUUUAAAUAAUAAAAUAUCACAAAAAAUUCUUUCCAAUGGACAUUUAUCACCAACUGGAUCAAUUCAAUCAUCAUCCAAUGGAAUUAAUGGACAAAGAAGAUUUCGAACACAAAUGACACCAUUACAAAUUAAAUUAAUGAAAGCUAUCUUUCUUGAAUAUAGAACACCAACAAUGCCUGAAUGUGAAUUAUUAGGAAAAGAAAUUGAAUUACAAAAACGUGUUGUACAAGUUUGGUUUCAAAAUGCUCGUGCUAAAGAAAAGAAAAAUCCGAAUUUUUUUAAAUCAGAUCUUCCAGAAGAAUUUCAACCAACGAAUGAUCAAUGUAAAUUAUGUCAAUGCAAAUAUACUUUACAAAAUCCUCAAAGAGAUCAUUUAUUUACAACAAAACAUAUUGAAAAUAUUCGUUUAAUUUUAACAAAACAAAUGGGAAAUGUUUCAACAAUAAAAGAUGAUAAUCAAAUAAAAAAGAACAGUAUAAAUAUGAAAUUAGAUUUAGAAAAUUGUCCAACAUCAGUAUUAGAUAAAUCAUCGAAAGAUGAACAAAAUCAAAUUAUGUCUUAUUUAAAUUUAAUGCAUCUUAUGCCACUUGGAAUGGAUCCAUAUAACUAUGGUUUAAUGGAUCCAAAUAUUCAUGGUACACCUAUGUUUAUGUUACAAUUACCAUCUGAAGCUUUAAAUAAAAUUGUUUCAUUAAGUAAAUCUGAUACUCAUUUAACACGUGCUCAGUAUACUCAAGAUGGAAAAACUCUUCAAAAUUUAAUUGAUAAUGGACAUACAUCUGUUGAUUAUCAAACUGUUGAUGUUGGUUAUGCCUGUAAACGGUGUAAUCUUGUUUGGCCAUUAUAUGAAUCAUGUCGAUGUCAUGCAUUACUUUGUUGGCAAAUCUCUCCAUCAACAUUACCUAUUUGUAUAAAUUCACGUGAAGAUUUAAAUAAUUUAUCAGGAUAUAUAUUUAAAAUCGAACAAUUAACAUAUCGAUGUUUAUUAUGUAAAACAUCAUGUUCAACAAUAUGUGAAUAUGAAAAACAUAUAAAAGAUGAUAUUCAUUUGAAAAAAAAACGUUCAAAUUCAACAAUUGAAGAGAAUGAUUGA